AGAGAUACUCCAAGAAAUUCAGCGUCUCAGGCUGGAGCAUGAACAAGCCUCUCAACCCACUCCCGAGAAAGCGCAGCAGAACCCAACUUUACUGGCUGAGCUCCGGCUGCUACGCCAGAGGAAGGAUGAGCUGGAACAGAGGAUGUCUGCCCUGCAGGAGAGCAGAAGAGAGCUGAUGGUGCAGCUGGAAGGGCUCAUGAAGCUGCUCAAA